CAUCUCACCUGCUAACAAAGGCAGUGUGCUUUCUUCCUGUCUGCACAUACCCCAUGUCUCAUCACCAUGAGGGGCUGCAGUGGGACUUGGAAUCCAGAUGUUUGAAGAAUGGAGGGGUUGAAGCCGCAGUCAACUUCCUGCCCCACCAUAGGAAGUGGGGCAAGACGGCAGGUGCAGUGACGGCUGGCGGAGCCAUGGACAAGGAGUACGUGGGUUUUGCUGCCCUCCCCAACCAGCUGCACCGCAAGUCUGUCAAGAAGGGGUUUGACUUCACACUCAUGGUGGCAGGAGAAUCAGGCCUAGGGAAAUCUACCCUCAUCAACAGCCUGUUCCUCACCAACCUCUAUGAGGAUCGCCAGGUGCCAGAGGCUAGUGCUCGCUUGUCACAGACUCUGACCAUUGAGCGCCGGGGUGUGGAGAUCGAGGAGAGGGGUGUGAAGGUGAAGCUGACCCUGGUGGACACACCUGGCUUUGGGGACUCGGUGGACUGCUCUGACUGCUGGCUUCCUGUGGUGAAAUUCAUCGAGGAGCAAUUUGAGCAGUACCUUAGGGAUGAGAGUGGCCUGAACAGGAAGAACAUCCAGGACUCCCGAGUCCACUGCUGCCUCUACUUCAUCUCACCCUUCGGCCGGGGGCUCCGGCCCCUAGAUGUGGCCUUCCUCCGGGCAGUACAUGAGAAAGUCAACAUCAUCCCAGUCAUUGGCAAAGCGGAUGCCCUGCUGCCCCAGGAAACCCAAGCCCUCAAGCAGAAGAUCCGGGAUCAGCUGAAGGAGGAGGAGAUCCACAUCUACCAGUUCCCUGAAUGUGACUCUGACGAAGAUGAAGACUUCAAGAGGCAGGAUGCGGAGAUGAAGGAAAGCAUCCCUUUUGCAGUUGUGGGUUCCUGCGAGGUGGUGAGGGAUGGCAGGAACCGACCAGUGAGGGGACGCCGAUACUCUUGGGGGACCGUGGAGGUGGAGAACCCACAUCACUGCGAUUUCCUGAACCUGCGACGAAUGCUGGUGCAGACACACCUGCAGGACCUGAAAGAGGUGACGCACGAUCUGCUUUACGAGGGCUACCGGGCCCGUUGCCUACAGAGCCUGGCCCGGCCUGGGGCUCGCGAUCGAGCCAGCCGCAGUAAGCUUUCCCGCCAGAGCGCCACGGAGAUUCCGCUGCCCAUGAUGCCUCUGGCGGACACCGAGAAGCUGAUCCGCGAGAAAGACGAAGAGCUGCGCCGCAUGCAAGAGAUGCUGGAGAAGAUGCAGGCCCAGAUGCAGCAGAGCCAAGCCCAGGGUGAGCAGUCAGACGCCCUCUGAGGCCACGCCCCGCCCGGCCUUACCUCGGUUCCGCCUUCAGUCGGCCUCUUGUCCAAUCCCUGCGCCCCACACUGCCCAGCGCCUAAUCCCGGACCCCCCGCGGGUGCCGCCCUCGCUCUGGCUCGGGGGAGGUUCUCCCAGCCCGGGUCAGAAGCCCCGCCCCUGCCCCGCCCAGCCAGACCCCGCCCACUUCCCGGCCAGAGCCUGCGGCCCAGGCUCGGACUGCCGCACUGUCUUUCGGGGUCGCCGCUAUUCUCCCAGGCUCUGUCUUCAAUAAAAACUGAGCUUCCCGC